UCUGUAACUUUCAGCAGAGUGAGAUUGCGCGGCUGCACGAGCAGACGUAACGGAUCGUGACGUGGAGCGUACAUUUUCAUUUUAUAACAAGUUACGCACUCUUGUUGUAUUCUUUUUUUAUUUUUAAAUUUAGUUUUUGUCCUACAUAUUAUAGUCGCCAUGUUUACAAAGACCACUUUCAAGGUGUUAUAUUUCCGUGUUCUGGCACGAUGCCAGUUUAAAUAAACAGAUGCGCUUUUUGAUUUCUCACCAAAUUCAAUUGUUAAUCGUGAUUUCUUAUUUAAAUUAUAUUUGAUAAAUAAAAAAUUAUUUGUUGUAGUUCAUUUAUUUGAUUUGUAAAAUUAAAUUGUAGUGAAACUUAAGAAAGAUAUUACAGUGUUCGUAGUUACAAUCACAUGUGAUAUAUGUCCAUACAUUACUUAGAUACAUUGGGGUAUCGUCGAAACCUUGGAACAUACUCAAUUUGUGUAUUCUUGUAAAGGUUCAUUUAAUUAGUAGAAAUGAAGUGAAGUGUCGAAAAUGAGUGUGGAAAUUAACCAAAGCAACCCGGAAAGUGGGUCUCGUCCGACGCCUAACGUUAAUAAAGGGACUACAAUAAACAGAUGUACCCCCAAAAAGUCAUUAGAGUCGAAGUUGUGGGACUUGUUACAGCCCGUAGCUAGAUUAUGGGGAUUAAUAACUGCUGUAGUGAUGAGCGGCGCCGGCGCAGAACUAAUGGUCCUAGGGUACGAAGUCGCCCCAGGGUUAAUUGCUGGCGCAGCUCUAGUGUUUGUAUUGGAGACUAUGUGGGUGGCUGCACUGUUCAUUGACCUUUUAUGUCGUCGUGGUGAAUAUUCCAUGAAGCUGAGGUGCUGGGACUUCAUGAGGUGGUCCUGUGGUCGUGCUCGGGCUCCAUUCUACGCGUGUGCGGCAACAGCAAUACUGUUUGCUAAUCUUACAAUAUUGGCUACGGUGUCAGGUGGAAUGUUACUCGUGCUGGCAGCGUUGCGGGCUACCGUCCCGUUCUCCCCAUACGCGACUCACGGACCGCACUCUCCCCGCGCGGGCAGCACGCUCCUGAGUCAGCACGACUCGAACAUACCCGACGUCUAUUACAAUGCAGCACAAUCCGCUGACGACAGGUUUGCUAACAAAAUAUGUGAAGAAAUGAGAGUUCUUGAUGUGAAGACCUCAGACAGAUCACGUUCAGUAACACCGAAACCGCGGCUUCUGGAACUUUGACUUGUUUUAUUAAGAAAAAAAAAUAAUAAUUCAUAAAUGAAUUCUUCAAAUGCGGUUUCAAAGAUAACAUUAUCAAUAUUCGUUACCAGACUUCGAACUUCAGCGAGAAAACUAACCCAGGAAACUUUGUUCUUAAAAAUGUAGCCAUUGCUACAUAGAACUCUACUUUGAGUGGAGUGAAUUUUUAUCCGCUUGUUUUUAAGUUGCUUUAUUGAUACUAAGCUCACGGUCCGUUUCUGAAAAAAAUGAGUACCGUAAAAAAGGAAAGGUUUAAUUUAUCGUCGAAUUUUUCAAAAAUUUUCGAGACACUUAUUCCAGAAUCCUACCAGCAAAUAAACGAUGAUAUUUAAGUUACAAAAAAUAAAAUAAAAGCAAGAUUAUAAAUUGGUACAAUAGUUUUUUAAAUAACAUUACUUUAAAGCGAUCAAUAUACUUAUAAAAAUAUAUUUCUUCAUAGCCAUAACCUCGACAGCGGCAUUAUUUGGUUAACACUUUAGAAACGGACCUUUAAAACAUAUUUGUUGAAUUUUCAUAUCCAUGUGAUUUAUAAAAAAAAAAUCAAUUAAUAAUAUUCAAUUAUAUAAACAGACUUUGUAAAAAACUAAAUUAUGACUUAUAAUGAAAUGGCAUAAGGUUAGUAACUAGUAAUAAAGUAUUGAAUUAUUUAUUUUCUACUUUUAUAUGUCCUUAAAAUCUGUGAUAGAAUAGAUUAGUUAGUUACAUUUAUAUUUAAGUUUAAAAUUAAAUUACAUGAAGUGCAUAUAUGCGUGUAUUAAUAAAUAAUAAAGUAU